ACUAUCUUGGGACCCAUGGCCAACCUGUUCCAUAUCUUAGCACAAAAACUGGGUUUUCAGUAUGAGCUGGUGCAGCCGGAGGAUAACAUGUGGGGUGUCCCUGAUGCUGCUGGUAGCUGGUCUGGGAUGUUCGGCAUGCUACAGAGACAGGAGGUGGAGAUGGCGGUGGGGCCGUUCGCCGUGUCACGAGCCCGGGAGACCGUGUGCGACUUCUCUGAGGCCUUCUACAGUGAAACCUUCGCCAUACUGAUGAUCCGACCCAGUCUUCAAAGUGACUGGUCUGGCUUCCUCAAGCCCUUCACCUCCGUAGUAUGGUCACUGCUGCUGGCUGCUGCCGUUUUCAUCAGCGUGACUUUCAGCUUUAUUGCCCGACAGGAGAGCAAGAUCUUCAACGUAUCUCACAGAAACACUGUGGCCAGCACGGUCAUGUGGGUGCUGAGGACGCUCUUGCAAGAUAGCACAGAUGGUCUUCCCGAGACUGAUGGAAUUCGAUUGGUAGUUGUGACCUGGCUACUGGCCUCACUGGUGUUCAUGACCUCAUACUCUGGCAUCCUGACGGCAAUGCUCACCGUGCCCAAAGUCACCAUACCCAUAGACUCCAUUGAGGACCUGGUGGCUCAAUCGGCCCUCCCAUGGCGCCUGGAGGCUGGUUCAAUGCUGUAUCAGUACUAUCAGGAAGCGACGGAGGGGAUACGGAAGGCAAUGUUUGACGGUCGUGCUGGUGCCUUCAGAGACUGCUGGCAGGACAGGUCACUCAUCGCUGGAGGUCAGUUAGCUGGCGUCUGCGACAAAACCACCAUGUACAAGGCCAUGUCCUGGGACUUCAGUACCUCGGGGCAGUGUCACCUGUAUAUCUCCCGAGAGGCAGCAUAUACCAACGUCUUGAUAGCAAUGGCCUUCAAGAAUAACUCUUCCUAUAAAGAAAAAGCUGAUUAUUGGAUUCGGAGAGUGAAGGAGUCUGGCUUGAUAGACCUGUGGUUGAAGAAGGAGACGAGCAACACAUCACAGUGCCUGCUGCCGCCCUCCGUCAGUACCUCGUCAGGCUCGGUCUCCUCCCUCGACCUCAACGCUUUCGUUGGUUCCUUCCUACUGCUGUUGGCAGGUCUGGCCUCGGCGACGCUGAUGUUUCUGCUAGAGUUGUGUGUGACCAAUGUACUCAAGAAGCAGUACCUGUACUGACGGCGGCAGUGCUGAUGUUCCUGCUGGAAUCACGUUCGGUGGAUAUUCCUGACGAAGCGAACACAACCGUAAAACCUUGCUACUACUUCCUGACGAAGCAGAUACCACCGUAUAAAAUUGCUCCUGCUUCCUGACGUACCAAACACCAUCUUAUAACCUUGCUCCUCUCAUGUCAAGACAUUAUUCUGAUUCAUCACAACUUAGAACGAGGAGCUGCAUGGUGGCGAGGUAUUUUUUUUUACGGCACAGUGUUCAUAAACUGCAGCGAGCCUUCAUGACCAUUGAUCUACCUACAUACGUCAUGCAGCUCAACCUCUCGUAUCACCCACUCACUAAAAAUAUUAUAUAUAUAAUUUUGAAUCUAUUUUGGACCCCAUAUGCAUGAUUUUUUAAGUAAC